GCUUCUUUUCCUUCAAUCACAGAACGAUUGGAACUGCAUUUCUUUACUGAAGUGGUGCUCAAUUUUUUUUCAUGGGAUCAUGAAUUCGCACAGAUUGGUUAUGGACUCUUACCGAAUGCUUUUCAAGCCGUUUCGAAAAGGAUAUGCACUUAUCUAUGUUAUGACAAGAUAUACCUACCAGUUGCUGGGUUCUCGCUCGCUUAGCAGUGGAAGAGGUCGGGUGUUGAGAUACUUAUUUAGUGAGGUUCUGCUACCGUUGUUAGUGGGUAUAUCUCUCGGUUAUGUGCUAGGCCUCACGUUCGGAUUCGAGGAAACUGAUUCAGUGGACCAUUUAGUUCAGUUUGACGAUGAGAUAACGGAAAGGAGCUUAUUUUUCCUGCGAUGCAUAAUUCUAGUACAUCCUGAUGCUAAGAAGCCUCAUAGUUUUAUGAAUGCCAUAAAGGACACUUAUGGAAGCAUAUGCAACCAGACGAUGUAUAUCACAAAUUCGGAGGAGAUCAAGAAGAAGGCUGGAGACAAGUACGUCGUGGCCAUUGAGUCAAACUCUAACGGAUUUUAUUGGAAUUAUUUCAACUUUAUACUGCAAAACUCAGCGGAGAUACCAGCACAGUGGACCUUUGUAGGAGAUGAACAAGUUUACUUAUCUGUACAUAAUCUUAGGAAACUUGUACAAACCGUCAACCAUAAACAGUCGAUCAUGUUUGGCAGGGUAUUUGUGCAGAAGUCGAUACUCUACCGUAUCUUCCCGCUUCUUCAACCUGAAAGAAUAGCAUUACAAAGUGGAAUCGUUUUUUCUCAUUCGGCAAUCAAAGAUCUUUCACAAUGCAAGGGCCUUCUACUUCCACGAGCCACCGAAUCGCGUUUAUAUGCCUGCGCAAAACAAGUUGGUAUACGGAUAGUCGACCCAAUAGAUGAGGAGGGCAUGCAUCUUUUCCAUGAGAGAGAUCUGAAGACUCUUGUCCCAGAAGGAUACAUUGCUGAACACAAACACGGGGAUAAGUUUGUGAAGGGCUGCUGCUCAGACCACGCAAUCACCUUUGGUCAAAUGAGCUAUAAAGAUCUCAGACUGGCUGAUUUUGGAUCGUUGCAUUGGAGCGUUUUUGGUAUUGGAGGCUUGGAGGAGGUCAACGCCAGUUAUGCUAUAGAUCCCAAAGAAUUUCUGCCAAAAACUACGCAAAGGCCGAAAGUCCUUCCUCCGAAGAAGUCUGCCAAGAGCGCUCUUGCAAAAGAAGUAAAACUAGUGCAUACUGGAGAAAAAAUAGAGACUUUUGUGGAAAAUAUUGUCGAAGACGAAGCGGCACCCUCAGAUAUCCAGAUGGAAUUCGAAGUUCCACAAGGUAACUUGUACGAAAGACGCGAGUUUCACGUUGAAACUCCCCUACGAGGAGUUCAGCCUCUUCCGUUGCCUAGAUCACUUCAUGAAUGCGUUGAGAACGGAAUCUUGCACAUUGACAGGGCAGCCCGUUUAAUUUUAUCGAAGAUGCAUCGCCAAGAGUUUAACGUUUGA